AUGUCUUUCACCUCCUCCUCCUCCUGCUUCCGGACUCUCCGAGCCUUCCUCCUCCUGCAGCUCCUCCUCGUGCCGCCGUGCCUCCUCCACCCGCAACCGUGCCACGUCCUGGCGCAGAUCGGACACACGGUGCGCGUCGGUGCGCUCCUGCCGGCGCAGCGAGCGGCGCGCGUGCAGGUUCAGGCGGCGCUGAGCCGCGUCGCAACCGCGGUGAGCCAGGACCGGGACCGGGAGCGGAACCCGGACCGGGACCCGGAGCGGGUAAACUUCCUGCCCUACAACCUGAGCCUGGAACUGGUACCCCGGCAACUGGCCGCGGCGGACCCGGAGUCGCUACUCCGCUGCGCGUGCCAGGGCGUGGUGGUGCAGGGAGUGUCCGCCGUGCUCGCCUUCCCGCAGAGCCGCGAGGAGCUGCUACAGGUGGACUUCAUGGCCUCCUUCCUGGAGAUCCCCUUCCUCAGCGUCAUUGAGCACGGAGAGCCGCUCCGCACGCAGAACCAGUUUCACCUGCAGAUGGUGACGGGCAUUCCAGAGUCCGGUCUGUCCGAUCUGCUGCUGACGGUUCUGCGGCGGUCCGGUUGGAGGGAGGGUACUGUGGUGCUGUGUCGGGGCUGGGAGGAGGCUCGGGGUCUUCUGCAGCUCCUGGACCAUCGCAGUGGUGCAUCAUGGGACAGCGGUAGUGGGGUCACCUGGCACCUGCGGGCCCUCCUGAACUUGACACAGUUGGCUCACGACGACACGCAGAUCCACGACUUCCUGUCUCGACACUUCCGACAGAGCCAGGCCUCGCCGGCAUCAGUGCUGCUGUUUGGAGCUGACCCGCAGUGCGCGGCUGCAGUGCUGCGCAGCGCCCAGGACCUGGGCCUGAUGUUACCCAUGGUGCACUGGGUGCUGGGCCAGCCACUGAGCCCUGACGUGCUGCACACCAUUGGACUGCCCCUCGGCCUGCUGGCCUAUGGAGAGGUGGAACGGAAACCACUUGACUUCUACAUUAGAGAUGCCCUGCAGCUCAUCACCAGGGCUGUGGCUGCAGCGACCGCGGUGAGGCCAGACCUGGCUCUGAUCCAGAACAUGGUGAACUGCUACGACAAACCCAGCAAGCACGAGGUGCCAUCCUCAGGACAGUACCUCGCCAGGUUUUUUUCAAACACAUCUUUCUCUGGGCUUACCGGUCCCAUCCGGGUCCACCAGAACUUGUCUGAGGUUCUAACUGUGCAGCGGUUCCAUAUCUGGAGUCUGCGGCGGGACGCGCUGGGUCAGCCCACCUGGGUGACGGUGGGCAGCUGGGAGGGGGGCCAGCUGCAGGUGGAGGAUCAGCGGGUGUGGCAGGGACCCAAAUUUCGCCACAGGACAGAAGGAACGGGUGGGAGGACCAGGGGCCGCUGGAGAGCAGGGCUGCCGGUAUCGGGGAGUCGGGUCCGGGUGGUGACCCUGGUGGAACAUCCCUUUGUGUUCACGCGGGACGUGGACGAUGAGGGCAGCUGCCCAGCUGGUCAGUUCUGCCUGGAUGCCGGCACUAACAGUUCAGAGAUCCUGGAGAGAUACUUCAGGGACGUGGCAGGUGGUAAUGGCAGCUCACUGCCGAGAGAGUACGCCAAGUGCUGCUAUGGAUACUGCAUCGAUCUGCUAGAGAAGCUGGCUGAGGAUCUGGGCUUUGAGUUUGACCUUUACAUCGUUGGAGAUGGAAAGUAUGGCGCAUGGAAAGGGGGCCGCUGGACGGGACUGGUGGGUGAUCUUCUGAAUGGUCUAGCGGACAUGGCCGUCACCUCGUUUAGCAUCAACUCUGCCCGGAGCCGGGUGAUCGACUUCACCUCGCCCUUCUUCUCCACCAGCCUGGGCAUCCUGGUGCGCAGUAAGGACACGGCAGCCCCCAUCGGGGCCUUCAUGUGGCCCCUGCACUGGUCCAUGUGGGUGGGCAUUUUCCUGGCGCUGCACAUAACAGCGCUCUUCCUCACACUGUAUGAGUGGAAGAGUCCAUUUGGUAUGACGCCUCAUGGACGCAACAGGGUGAGGGUCUUCUCUUACUCAUCGGCUCUCAACCUGUGUUACGCCAUCCUAUUCGGGCGCACCGUCUCCUCCAAGACCCCGAAGUGCUGGACAGGUCGCUUCCUGAUGAAUCUGUGGGCCAUCUUCUGUCUGCUGGUGCUGUCUAGCUAUACUGCCAACCUUGCUGCCGUCAUGGUGGGAGAAAAGACUUUUGAGGAGGUCUCAGGAAUACAUGACGCCAAGCUGCAUCAUCCAUCACGGGGUUUUCGAUUUGGGACGGUGAGAGAAAGCAGCGCUGAGGAUUACAUGAAAAAGAGUUUUCCAGAGAUGCACGAGUACAUGAGACGCUUCAACGAGCCGACCACACCCGAAGGAGUCGCCACCCUCAAGACAGAUCCUCCUCAGCUUGACGCCUUCAUCAUGGACAAAGCUCUGCUGGAUUAUGAAGUCUCCAUCGACGCCGACUGUAAACUGGCGACUGUCGGAAAACCAUUUGCCAUCGAAGGUUACGGUAUAGGCCUCCCUCAGAACUCUCCUCUGACCUCCAAUGUCUCUGAGUUCAUCAGCAGAUAUAAGUCCGAUGGAUACAUGGACUUGCUGCAUGACAAGUGGUACAAAGUGGUUCCGUGUGGGAACCGUGUGUUUGCAGUCACUGAGACUCUUCAGAUGGGCAUCAGUCACUUCUCUGGACUCUUUGUGUUGUUGUGCGUUGGUGUGAGCGGCGCUUUGCUGACUCUGGCAGGCGAACAUGGUUUUUAUCGACUCAUCCUGCCACACAUUCGCCGCCGUCAAAACCUGAAAUACUGGCUGCACACCUCACAGAAAAUCCACCGAGCUCUGAACAUGACGUAUGAGGACGUGAAGAGGCAGCGAGCUGAGAAAGAGAAGAGCUGUAACCUGCAGAAGUCUCAGCCCCCCCCAGGUCCUGCAGCCCCCCCUGCCCCUGGUGCAUCAGCCAAGUGGAACAAUGAGACGAGCAAGGAUGUCACUGCCGCAGCUGCUGCCAAGGAUGCCCGAGACUUCAAAAGAGUCCACUUCAACCUGGAGACCCUGAACACUCGCCGUCUGCUCGCUCGCCUCGCAGCCUCUGAAGCCAAGGGAGGCGGGGCCAGGGCUGAGAGGGAGGGCCCGACCAAGUCGAAGGCUGGGCCAAACAGCAAGCCGUUUGAGAACGGUGGACCUGCGGCUUCAUUCACCAGUCUACUGCUGACCCUCCCCUCCUCAUCCUCUUCUGCAAGACCCAAUGCCUCAGCUCUGCCCACCACAGCUGUGGCCGCUCCUCCUGCUACUUCAGCCCCUGCCUCUCUAACAGUGGCCUCACCUGCCACAGAAGCCCCACCCCCUGCUGUUGUGGCUCCUCCCCGGCCCGGCGAGCUGGAGGAGCUGCAGGAGCAGAUUGAACAAAUGAGAGAAAAGUUGCGGACGGCUCUGACAAGGAGAGCCGAGAUUCAAACCACUCUGACCAAACCUGUCGCCACGGUGACAAGCACUCAACCAUCUCUCACCACGACGAACAUUACGGCGACCACCGCAACGAUGACAGGAGCCACGCCCAUUCCCUUACCCACCGUUACCUCAGUAACAACCCUCCCCUCCAACAUGAAAUGCGUGACAACCAUGACAGACCCCCCCCACAAAGUCUUGUCCAAAGUCCGGCCCCUCCACAGCAGAUUUGCCAAUCAGAAAAGGUGAUGCUCUCUGGGGAGGCCACAUGACACGGCAGCCAUUCUAAUCAGCAGUGAGGAAAAAAAUUUGCUCCUCAAAGAAGCUGAUUGGUUUCAGGGCUAUUUGUUAUUUUCUUUCCAAUCAGAUGAUCGAUUACCAAUAUUUCCACCUAAAACUGGAACUCGUGAAAACAUUAAAGAAAAAAAUUGUCUGAAGAAGUUUAUAAAAUGAAAGAUCUCUGCUGAGAAAACGUGCUGAAAAUGAGGGUCACGAGAACAGGUAACACCUCGGUUCAAGUGUAGCUUUAUUAUUUCACACAUUUCAUUAAAGCCCAUUUAUUAUAUACACUAAAUCCUUAUCCUGUUCAGGGUCGUGAUGGGGCUGGAGCCUAUCCCAGCUGUCAUAGGGCGAGAGGUAGGGUACACCCUGUACAGGUCGCCAGCCUGUCACAGGGCCAACACAGAGAGACAGACAACCAUUCACAAUCAUGGGCAAUUUAGAAUCACCACUUAACCUAACCCCACUAACUGCAUGUCUUUGGAUUGUGGGAGGAAACCCGUGCAGACGCAGGGAGAACAUAAAAACUCCACACAGAAAGGCCCAGGCCAACGUGGGAUCAAACCCAGACCUUCUAGCUGUGAGGCAACAGUGUUAACCGCCAUGCCACUGUGCUUUCUGAUUAUAAUAAAAGUAUUACUAAUAUGACAGAUUAUAAUUUGCUUUUCAGGCUUUUUUUUACUUCUAAACAUCAAAGACAAUCUAUUUAAAAACAUUUAAUAUGAAAUAUAUUUAUCACCUUAAAGAGUGAUUUUAAAAAAAAUAAAGUUUUAAUAUAUUUCAGUUGGAAGUAAUGCCUGUAAAGUCUGAAGUGUGAGAUAAAUUGCAUAAACUGAGGACCACGAUGUGAGCCCUGGGGUGCACCAGAUUUAACAAGUUCUUAGGUUGAGCCAAAUAUGGAAUAAUGUUAGUUAUAUUAUAGAAAUAAAUAUUCCUAAAGAAUCCAGAGACUUAUUUUUGCAUAUUUGUACAUAUUCGG